AUGGAUGAUGCUACCGUCUACAAGAAUCAACACCUUCAAACAUGGCCGACUAUCGUGAACCUCGAAGAACAAGGAUUAUUGGUGGAUAACAGCAACCAGAACACGUCCAGCUUUCGAGACCAUCGGGAUUUGUCUUAUACUCAGCCGGAAUCGAGCAAGUAUGCCAUGGCACCUGUCUCUAUACCUUUGGAUAUUCAAUACGACACGAAAUUGUGGGAACUCACGCAAUCCAUCUAUUGGGCAGAGUUGUCCUGUACUGAGAUCGACGUGGACGAUGCCGUAACCAUUGAUGUAUCCUCCAAUACUUCUUCAUUCGGUAUCGGGUCGCCCACUAGACAACCCUUGAUUUGGAACCUCAACGACGUGUCAACAACCGAUAAUUGCACGCUGGAACUUAGCGAGGAAAUCACUAUACCGCCGACCAACUCAUCUGUACAGAUCUCACACUGGCAGCCGAACGUAUCCACGACUAGUAUUACCAAGCAAUGUGCUUCCUUCGACUUGAUUGGACUGACGGUAGACGUCAGUCUCAACAAAACCAGUGAACUUGAUCGCCAGAAAUCUGACUAUUCGAGCUCUGAUUACACCCAUCAGGUCAGUGGAUUUGGCUGCAAGAUUGUCUAUCAGACCUCGGAAGCUGGCAUCUCAGUGCAAGUAAACGGUUCGCUUUCAGUCGUUGAUCUGCAUCCGAAUUCAACUACAGAGGUGUCGCGAGCUUCUCUCAAUACUACGCAUUUCAAAGGCAUAAUCCUGCAAGAGGUGGUCUCCACCAACGGCACUUCCUCGUUCAAUAAGAAGCCUGUGAGACCAUCAACACUUCAUCACGAUAUGAUCUCGAAGCUGGAAACUAGCGUUCAAGGUGCUUUUGUACCUUUGAUGAACAGGAUUUUCGAUGUCACCAGCCAAUCACACUAUGUGCAAGCUUCUCAUGUGACACAUCAGAUGGCCAUCAUAGUGGGCCCGGUGCAGUCCUUCGUGUCCGAGGCAAUCCUCCUGUUCGGAGUGGUAGUGGUCUUGUACUUGGCAUACACCUACCCCAACCGCCCAAAUAUGCUUCGAAGUGACCCUGCUUCUAUCGCAUCCAUGUGUGGUAUCAUGGCUGAUGUCAUUGAUGCUUCUUGCCUCUCUCACUUGAACCUGGAUCAGUUGUCAACCAGACAGCUGAGGACGAUCCUCAAAAACUAUACUUGCCGCUGGCAGCAAGCUUCUGAGCCUCCCCGUAUUUGCAUUGAGCCAUCUGCUGUUCCUCGCUCUCAAAGACAGAUCUUCCAAGGCAAACCCGAUCCAAGACCUCAUUUCCUCCUGAUACCAAUCUUUGCCCUUGAAAUCUUCCUUUUCAUAGCGGUAUUUGCUGGUAUUGUGACGAUAUUCGUGCUGUGUGCCCGGGAUGGGGCAUUUCAUUCUUUGACCUACCUUGAUUCAGACAGUCUGGCAGCAUUGUUCCAAUUCAUUCCGUCCGCACUUGCUUCCAUUAUCAGGGCAUUAUGCCUCUCGAUAUACCGCUACCUGAGCGUUCUGGAACCAUGGUCUGUUCUUCAAGCGGGAGGCGCCUCUGCUGCGUCUUCCCUACUGCUUGAGUACGGAUCACUGAAUCCUCUCGCUUCGCUUUUUAAGUGGUUCAGUUACCGCCACUUCUUGCUGGGACUCGUAGGAGUGGCGUGUUUGUUCAACACCGCAAUGAGCAUACUGGCCAGCGGGCUUUUUCGGCACGAGCUUGGCCCGACGAGGGUUGAUACUAAUAUGAAGUCUAACUACAGCUAUGCGUCAAUCGCCAUAAGACAACCUUCGCCAAUAGGCCCCGAACUUGACACUAUCAAGAGCAGCAUCUACAGUGGAACCUCGGUGCUCUCUUGGACUACAUCCAGCUACUCUUUUCUCCCUGCAUGGACGGAUACAUCUUCUGAAUGGCUCGUUGGGGGCACCAUACGGGGCGUUGGUGCCGAUUUAGCAUGCAAGCAGCUUUCGAUCGCCGACAGCUAUUCCGAGGACCCGAUAACAAAUGUAGCCAGUUGGAAAUACUCACCUUUCAACGAAUCAGAUACGGUGUGCCAAAUAGACACGAUCCAAGAAACUGAGGCUAGCCAGGACAGCCUGACGGUUCGCUUCUUCGCUUCACCAACGUCUGCAGAAUCAAGUGGCUGUCAGAAGCCCGCUGUCGUUGUGGUUGCCUACCCUAGCGGAAGUAGCUACUUACAAACUACGUCCGAUACCGCAGUUGCGUUGUAUUGUGAAUCCCUAUUCCUCAUGCAGAAUUUCUCCGUUGGAUUUAACUCGGAUGGGUACAUACAAUACUAUGCUCCUCUCAAUGGCACAUUUGUCAGAGAUGAUGCAAUUGUGCGCAAUGGUACAACAAACCUCGCCAACUACAACCUCAGGCUAUCGAGCCCUUUGAGUUUUACCUACAACGGCUCGCAUCAAGAGACCAACAAUGCAAGCAGCACUGAUUGGUUUGGCGCCCUCACGGCAAGUCUGUACCGCAUUUUGGACACCAACACAAGUGUCGUUACUGCAAGUGUUUUAGAAUCCGCCUCCCGCAAUGUCUACCGGACAAUCUUUGCAACUGAUCUAUCUCUUAAACGGGACUCUUACUUCCAGCUUCAAGAUUCCCCUGCUCGAAUCAGCGACGGUAUUAUCUACAACAUGUCCUGGGCGGUGGUCCCAUCGUUUGCAUCAUUUAUGUAUGUCCUGAUCAUAGUGGUUUUCGAUGGGUGCGUUGUCGCCUCGGUUUUCCUUACCAGGAGAGGUCGUUUUAAAUUUCCUCGCAUCCCACGGUCUAUCGGCUCCAUCAUCCCUUGGGUCAUCCAUGGGCAGGUUCUGAACGAUUUCAAGGGAACAUACGCUUGGAGUGAAGGCUACCGAGAGAAACACUUUGUCGAUAUGGACAAACGAUACAAACUUAAUCGACAAGAAACGCCCGAUGGGCAAUGGAAGUACGUCUUGGAUGAAGACAAUUCUCGCCGCAACAGCGGAUCUUCUACCAUCGAGUUACAGGAGAUUAGUCCGGCGCCGAAAAAUCGGUUCCGAACCCUUUUGCGAAGGGUGACUUCUGAUGACAACAGAGAUCAAAACGGAUGA